UAAUUAAACUAUCCUACUGAAACCAUAACAAGGAUGAAGAGAACGACAGUGAUUCUGACUUAGAAAGAGCCUAUAAAAACAGUCUCUCGGAGUCUCAGUCAUCCUUUCCCACCCAAGCUCUGAACUCUUUGCUUCUGAUUCCACAAAUGGCUUCCAUGUUUUCUUUGUCAGAAAUUUCCAAGACUUCAUCCACACUGUUCUCUGCCUAUGCGUCGUUUGCGGGAUCCAUGAUGCUGGUCCGGUCCAUGGCCAAUGAACUGAUUCCCCACCAGCUCAGAUCCUAUCUUUUUUCUACGUUUCGUUACUUCUUCACUCCGCUUUCGCCUGACCUCACUCUCGCUAUCGAUGAGAAAUGUGGCAUGACCAAGAACCAAGUUUAUGAAGCAGCUGAGCUCUAUCUCAGCACCAAGAUCAGCCCCAAAACAGAGCGCCUCAAAGUCAGCAAAACCAGAAAACAGAAACAUUUUACAAUCGCCAUCGAGAAUGGGGAAACAAUUGUUGAUCAAUUCGAAGAUGUUAAACUAACAUAUAGGCUUGUCUGCACGGAAGGUCAGAAACCUCACUCUGGAGAGAAAAGACUGUUCGAACUCAGCUUCAAUAAGAAGCAUAGAGAAAAAAUAUUGGGUUUUUACUUACCUUACGUUUUGGUCAAAGCCGAGGAGAUCAGAAAUCAAGACCGAAUGAUAAAGCUUUAUAGCCGUCAAUGUCCAUUCAGUGAUGACGACGAUGACAGAAGAGGUUCUUGGGGUUCCAUAAUCUUGGAGCACCCAGCUACUUUUGAUACAUUGGCUAUGGACCCAGAUCUGAAGAAGAUGAUCAUUGAUGAUUUGGAGAGGUUUCUAGGGAGGAAAGAGUAUUAUAAGAAAGUUGGGAAAGCUUGGAAAAGAGGUUACUUGCUAUUUGGUCCUCCUGGUACUGGUAAAUCCAGUUUGGUUGCUGCCAUGGCUAAUUAUCUCAAGUUCGAUAUAUAUGAUUUGGGGCUCAGCAGUGUCCGUUCUGAUGCUGAGUUAAGGAGGACACUGCUGUCAACGAGUAACCGGUCUAUACUGUUGAUUGAAGACAUAGAUUGCAGCUCUGAGGUUCUCGGACGACAAGUGGGAAAGAAAAACAAAGAGGAACCAGCUAAAUCUGGGCAGUUGACGCUUUCGGGUAUCCUGAACUGCAUCGAUGGUUUGUGGUCAAGCUGCGGUGAUGAAAGAAUCAUCGUAUUCACAACCAACUACAAGGAUCGGAUUGACCCUGCUCUGUUGCGUCCUGGUCGAAUGGACAUGCACAUCAACAUGUCCUACUGCACCCCUGACGGAUUCAAGAUCUUAGCUUCUAAUUAUUUAAACAUCAGCAGCAAACACAACCCUUUCUUUGGAGAAAUCGAUGGCUUGCUAAAGAGUACAGAGGCGACCCCAGCAGAGGUAGCAGAGGAGUUGAUGAAAACUGAUGAUGCUGAUGUUGCUCUUCAAGGUCUUGUUAGCUUCCUUAAACGCAAGAGGGAUGAAGACAAUGAGACCAAGAACAAAGCGACGGAUGGUGGUGAAGUUCCACCCUCCAUCAGAAGACUGAAUGAGAUAGUAAGGAUUAAGAGAUUGAAAACCGAUGGGGACAAAAGGAAAAUUAUGACGACGAAGAGCAAAAGAAUGGUAAAAGGCGGAAGCGGGUUGAGAAGAAUACCGUACUGAAGCAAAAUGUACUAGUAAAUUUCCAUCAGAAAUCUUCUUAUCAAUAAAAUACUAUUUCAGUUUUGAAACCCUUUAGCCUAGUC